CGACAAAACUUAGAGCUAAUCACCCUCUAAAUUCCAAGCUAGCACCACCAUUCCUUUUCUUUCUCUCUCACCUUAGCUAUGGCCAACAAAUCUGUACCCCAAAUAAAGUGAAUUGAAACGUUGCCCACUUUCUAUUAUACUAUUAAUAUGUAAAAUAAACCACUAUACUAGAACUCUACUACUUGCAACUUUCUCUCUUAGCUACUUUCUCUGUUUUUUUGCUUUCUUGCUCUCUUUUCACCUCAUUUUUUUCUUUGUUCUAUCCAUAUAAUGUAAUUGCACACAAAAAAAGAACAUUUUCUUGAAUCUUUAUUGUAAAAACAUCUGAAAGUUUCAAUCUUUACUUACUUUGAACUUCAAUGGCUUCUUCUACUUGGUCUUUCUUAAUUACCCUUAUCUGCAUUUUCUUGUUUAUGGGGUUAAGUUAUGCUGGAGAUCCAUUUAAGUUUUUUAACUUUGAGGUCUCUUAUAUCGAUGCUUCUCCACUUGGGGUGUCUCAACAGGUUAUUGCUAUUAAUGGAAAGUUUCCUGGACCAACUCUGAAUGUAACUACUAAUGACAAUGUUGUUGUUAAUGUGAGGAACAAAUUAGAUGAAGAGCUUCUCUUACAUUGGUCUGGGGUUCAGCAGAAGAGGAGUACCUGGCAAGAUGGUUUACCAGGAACAAACUGUCCUAUUCCUCCAAAGUGGAACUGGACUUACCAAUUUCAGGUCAAGGACCAAAUUGGUAGUUUCUUUUAUUUCCCUUCUCUGCAUUUUCAGAGAGCAUCAGGUGGUUUUGGUGGAAUUACUAUUAAUAACAGGGAGGAAAUCCCAAUUCCUUUUGAUUUUCCAUAUGGUGAUAUAACUAUUAUGAUUGGUGAUUGGUACACAAGAAAUCACACGUCUUUGAGGAGCACUCUUCUUGCUGGCAAAGAUCUAGGAAAACCAGAUGGUGUUUUAAUUAAUGGGAAAGGUCCUUACAGAUAUAACGAUACUAUUGUGCCUGAUGGCAUUGACUAUGAAACAAUCACUGUCCAUCCAGGCAAAACCUAUCGAAUUCGUGUAAGCAAUGUAGGAAUAUCAACCAGCUUGAACUUCAGAAUUCAGAAUCAUAACUUACUUUUGGCAGAAGCAGAGGGAUCAUACACUGUGCAGCAAAAUUAUACUAGCUUAGAUAUACAUGUUGGACAAACUUACUCUUUUUUGGUAUCCAUGGAUCAGAAUGCAAGUUCUGAUUACUAUAUUGUGGCGAGUGCCAGAUUUGUGAACCAAUCACAAUGGCAAAGAGUCACUGGUGUAGGCAUUUUGAAAUACACAAACUCGAAAGGAAAGGCACACGGCCCCCUUCCUGAACCACCACAAGAUGAAUUCGACAAAACUUUUUCCAUGAACCAGGCGAGAUCUAUCAGGUGGAAUGUAACUGCCAGCGGAGCUCGUCCUAAUCCUCAAGGUUCUUUCAGAUAUGGCUCAAUUAAUGUGACAGAGAUAUACGUGGUCCAAAAUACGCCACCAAAGGUGGUAGAUGGAAAAAGGAGAACAACACUUAAUGGGAUUUCAUUUGUUAAUCCUAAAACACCAAUCAGACUUGCUGACCAGUACAAAUUAAAGGGUGUAUAUAAGCUAGAUUUCCCUACGGCACCACUAACCGGACCUCCUAAGAUGGAAACCUCUAUUAUCAAUGGUACCUACAGGGGAUUUAUGGAAGUGAUAUUUCAAAACAAUGAUACUAAAAUGCACACAUACCAUAUGAGUGGGUAUGCCUUUUUCGUGGUCGGGAUGGAUUUUGGCGUGUGGUCAAAUAAUAGUAGGGGUACUUACAACAAGUGGGAUGGAAUAGCUCGUACCACAACACAGGUUUUCCCCGGGGCAUGGACAGCAAUCUUGGUCUCCCUUGACAAUGUUGGAGUUUGGAACCUGAGGACAGAAAACCUGGACUCGUGGUUUCUAGGACAAGAAACAUACAUCAGGGUUGUUAACUCCGAGCCUACUAACAAGACAGAGUUGCCAAUGCCAGACAAUGCUCUCUUCUGUGGUCAACUUGGCAAACUACAAAAGCCACAAGAUAUAUCAUAUGCAACAUCCAUGAGAGGCAACGAGUCGAAAUUCUCCUUCAUGAUUAUCAUGCUAGUAUCCGCGAUACUCGUUGUGUUCCAUUAGAAACCUUGCUUUGUUUUUGUGUUAAAAAAAAUGCGGGAGCCUGGCUUUGUGAGGUCUGUCUGUUGAUUUAAUUUGUAAGAUGUAGGUUGUUUUAGUUGUAGUUAUGUUGAUAUCAAGAAGAAGAAGAAGGAAGGCCAUUAUUAUUAUUAAUUGUUUUUGACUUGUAAUUUUCAUUUAUUAUUUCCGGUUGUGUUAAAAAUGCUCCCCCGGAUAUGCUUUGUUUAAUUUAUUGAUAAUUCUACACAUUCUUUCUAUUAUAUAUAUAUGUAAUGGCUACUAUUCAUUCA